CAGAAACGGACUCGUUAUGUUGUCCGCGUGAAGAUAUUACACGAUUAAUUAACACACAUGAACACCUGUAUAGUUUUAAGCCCGCGUUACCACAAGGAUUUUCAGUGCUGUGCUUGAAGGACUCUUUUAUUUUUGGUUUUCUGUGGCUCUGUGCGUGUUUAAAACGAAUUAAUCGUUGUGACUCAAGUGUUGAGGAUUUAUUUUUCACAUUCGACAGGAAUGCUUACAGGGCAUCUUUUUGGCGAACAUGUGAUGCGCCGCGAUGCCCACUCUGUCCGCGGCGCCUGAGCAGAGUUCCGGCGGCCGCACCGACCGGCAGAAUAGUCACAUCGGCGCCAUGAGCCCUGAGCAGGAGGCGAGUCCACCACCUGCCGCCCCGGGCGCUUCACCACCUCCACCGCCACCGACGCGACUGCCCACGCCAGUCAUGUCUCAAGAGGACGUCAACACAUCUGACGUCGAGCAGUUCGCCGGUAAGAUUGUCUAUAAUCCGGAUGGUUCAGCGUACAUCAUUGAGGAUUCAGAGAGCGACAGCGAGACCCAUGGGCCCAACACCAACGUACCCGAAAUCGUGCCUCCUCUUCAGGCUGUGUACGUUUCCAGGCUACUCAGGCAACCUGCCCGUCCCACGGAUCUUCCCGCUGUGCACAGUUAUCGCGUGAUCGCGUUAGGAGAUGCUAGACCUCCGAGGCCUACUUCCGUGCCAGUUAAACCGAUCCUCAUGUGUUUCGUUUGCAAGCUGAGCUUCGGAUUCGCGCGGUCUUUCGCGAAUCACGCACAAUCCGAGCACGGUGUCAUCUUGAAGGAAAACGAACGAGAAGUACUAGCGGCAGAUUGUUCGGCGAUACUGCAAUGUGUAGGUGCUGAUAAAAGGCCGAUGGUAUCUCUGCUCGAACCUCUUGGACCGGCUCCUCACGAGAAUCACCACUCAAAUCAAAUGGUUCCUGUUCUUUCUGUACAAAGUCGAAAUGAGAAUCCUUCGCCUGUUACGGAAUCACCUUCUUCGUUUCCUUCGUCUAGAAACGCUCCCGGAAAAUCUCCUUCGCCACCAUUCGUUGCACCGCCCGCUUUCAUGACUGGUACAACGAUAGGUGUUUGUCCGGAACACCUUCAAGGUCGACCGUCGGGAGUGGAAUGUACUCGUUGUGAAAUGAUUUUGGCAUCUGGUAGAUUAGGUCCUGCCGGUCUAGCAAAUGUACACAGUAGAAAUUCUUGUAAAACGCUUAAAUGUCCAAAAUGUAACUGGCACUAUAAAUAUCAAGAAACCCUAGAAAUUCAUAUGAAAGAAAAACAUCCAGAGGCAGAGACUAGUUGUAUUUAUUGUAUAUCUGGCCAACCUCAUCCGCGACUAGCUCGUGGAGAAACCUACACCUGCGGUUACAAACCGUAUCGUUGCGAAGUGUGCAACUAUUCAACGACUACCAAAGGAAACCUUAGUAUACACAUGCAAUCAGAUAAACACUUAAAUAAUAUGCAGGAACUUCAAAACGGCGGCGGACCCAAUACCGAAAGCAGACAAUCGUCGCCUAAAGCUCCACCACUUCAUCAUUCACCAGUUAGUAGCGGCCAUAAACCUAAACCCAGUUUUAGAUGUGAUGUUUGUAAUUACGAAACGAAUGUCGCGAGAAAUUUGCGGAUACACAUGACAUCCGAAAAGCAUACGCAUAACAUGCUUGUACUCCAACAGAACGUUAAGCACAUGCAAACUCUAUCAGCGCUGCAUCACCAACAACACCCCCAACAACACAUGGAGAGUUUGUAUGGAAUUUAUCCGGGACUAGGCGACAAACCUGAGGUAGCCCUAGCAGAUAUGGCGUACAAUCAAGCGUUGCUGAUACAAAUGAUGACUGGUGGUCAAUUACCUGGUCACGCCGGACCAACUGACAUGACGACACAUUCAGAUCUCGGACUGAAUCCGGACACAAUGGAACCUCCUCCUGAACCAGCGGAUCCGGAUCCCGACAAGACGUAUCAAUGUUGCGUCUGCAACGUAUUCCAAAGUGAUAACUUAGAAGAACUCGGAAGACAUUUAGCGUUAGAUCGAACGCGAUUGCGAGAACAAGAAAUUCUCGCCGUCAUAGCUGGAAAUUAUGUAUGUAAGUUGUGCACAUACAAAACCAAUCUAAAGGCUAACUUCCAACUACAUUGUAAGACUGAUAAGCAUCUACAGAGACUGCAGCACGUUAACCACGUGAAAGAAGGAGGUCCGAGAAACGAAUGGAAGCUGAAAUACGCUUCUGCACCUGGGGGAGUUCAAAUUCGCUGUAAUGCUUGUGAUUAUUAUACGAACUCGGCGCAUAAGCUGCAGCUACAUGCAGCCGCCGGUAGACACGACGCCGGUGUGGCUUUAAUGAAACAUCUACUCGAAAGAUGUUCGAGUUUUAGUCCUAACCAAUCGAAGGUUUAUCACUGUUCGUUGUGUGGAUUUUCCUGCACUAAUAGACUACCUCUUUUACAACAUGUAAGAUCUCUAAAGCAUCUUCAUAUGGAGCAAUUGCAUCAGCUUCAAAGACGAGCAGAAGGAAAGGACAACAGCCCGGAAAUUGGAGAAGUUUUUCACGUGGUUGCCAGCUCUGCUGAACAGCGACAAACACCUGAGCGAAGAGAUAGUAUCAAUUUGGACCUAAGUCAGAUCGAGUCUACUAAAGAUCAAGUUAAAUCCGAACCCCGUGAGGAAAACGACGAGACGAAUAACAGCGAAAGUGGAAACUCGCAGCAUAUGUGUCCCUUCUGCGACUAUAGCUGCGAUUCCGAGAUGCGAAUUCAAGCGCAUAUUCUCGCCCAACACGGCACAAACAAUACUUCAAUGACGGAACAACCCUCGAUUCACUGCCCUCUGUGUCAGGACGCGUUCAAGGACAGAGUAUCCUUGGAGCGUCACGUUAUGCAAAUCCACUCUGUAAAUAGCGAAGGUUUGCAACGAUUACUCAUGCUCGUCGAUCAAAGCCAUUGGUUAAAUCAGACUUCUCGGACUCCAACGCCCAACAAUUCGAUUAAUCAGUCUCAAACGACACCCAAUCAAACAGUUUCACCAAAUUCAGUGUCUUCCAAAGAAUCCAACAAGUUUGAAAAAACCGACGUUAGCCAAAUGGACAUCGAUUUGCUUUCGCCUAACAGCGACGAAAACACCGAAUCGGAAUCGGAACGUUGCGGGUCAUGUUCGAAAACGUUCCGCAACAUUGACGAAUUGUGUUAUCAUCAAAACGAAACUGGCCAUUUAGAAAUCAAGCAAACGCCUAGCGGGCCCGGAUAUCUUUGCUGGAAGAAGGGUUGCAAUCAAUUUUUUCCGACUGCCCAUACGCUACAGAUGCAUUUCAAGGAGGUGCACGCCAAAAAUUCGAUCGCGAACAUGUCGGUAUCGGAGAAACACGUGUACAAGUAUCGUUGCAAUCAAUGCUCUCUCGCUUUCAAGACGCUCGAAAAACUCCAGUUGCAUUCGCAGUAUCACAUAAUUAGAGAUGCAACGAAAUGCGUAUUGUGCGGACGCAGUUUCAGAUCGCUGGUCGCUUUACAUAAACAUGUCGAGAGCGUGCAUUCCGAGCUGACUGACGAAGAACUUAAUGCAUAUAAACAAAGCCUAAUGAACAAUCCGCUAUUACUGGCUGGUUUACAAGGACAAGUUUUAGAUAGUUCGACAAAUGAAAUUCUUAAGAAGGAAUCCAUGCGCACCGACGAUGAUUCCGCAGAAAUUGAUGAGAGCAAGGAUCUAAACAGCAGUCAAUCAUUGGACGAGAGCAAUCAGAACGACGGUGAAAAUUCAGACGACAGCAUCAUUUAUAAAGAUCAACAAUUCUUGGAAGAUUACCUGAAUAGUCAAGCAAUCGCCGAGGAUAGCUACAACGAUCCCAACAGAAAAUACAAAUGCCAUCGAUGCAAAGUAGCUUUUACAAGACAAAGCUAUUUGACCGCUCAUAAUAAAACACUCUUGCACAGAAAAGGUGAAAAAUUAAGUUACCCCAUGGAGAAAUACCUAGAUCCGAAUAGACCGUACAAGUGCGAUGUUUGCAAGGAAAGUUUCACUCAGAAGAAUAUUUUACUAGUUCAUUACAAUUCCGUAAGUCACUUGCACAAAUUAAAGCGAGCCAUGCAAGAACAACAAAAUAAUAAUAACAACACACCCGUAUCGCCGGUGAUGAGCGGUACACAACCGCAAAAUUUAACAUUAACGCCAAAAAGUACUUCUUCAGAGGAGGACGAUAAAAAGAGAUAUCGGUGCAAUAUUUGUAAAGUAGCGUACACACAGGGCAGUACGUUGGAUAUUCAUAUGAGAAGUGUUUUACAUCAAACGAGAGCGAGUAAACUGCAAGAUUUGGCGUUGUCCGGUCAAAUCGACCUGUCUAAACCACUAAUAGAACAACCCGAAGCCAUGCAGUCUCCUAAACAAAGUAGUCCGGCGCCAGGUAGUGGGGACAAACAACCCUCUCCCACCCCACCAUCGCCGGGUCUCUCAGGUAGUCAGGGGAUGAUGAGCUGUUCAAAGUGCGGUGCUUUAUUCAGUUCGCAAGAUCAGUUGAGUGCCCAUCAGCAGCUGUACUGUAUGUUCGCAACGCCUAUGGCGAUCUUCCAGGGUACGCAUGAACCAAGCCAAGCUAAAAGCCCACCACCCGGUGAAUCUCAAGACAGCGGAAUGAAAUUGAAUAUGCCGAAUAAGAAAACCGGCUCGCACAUGUAUAAGCACUUGUUGGAAAGCUUCGGAUUCGAUCUAGUUAUGCAAUACAACGAAACGCAUCAAAGGCGACAACGGCAACAACAACGCGAAGCCGAAGAAAAUGCCGCCGCCAGCGAAGUUCAUUCGUCACCACCUCCAAUCCAUGCGGAUGUUCACGAGCCGCCCGGAGAGACGGCAACACCAGCCGAUUGUAACACCGAAUCCAAAGCCGAGGAGGAUAUCGAAAACAUCUUACCCGAAGUAAGUAAAUCUACGUGCCAACAUUGCAAUAAAGAGUUCUCUAGUGUGUGGGUGUUAAAAUCACACUGUGAAGAAGUUCAUAAAGAUUUAGUGCCACUAGAAUUCUUAGAAAAAUAUGCUCAACAGUUCAAAACCGAAUACGAAAAGAAAACGGUGGUAGUGACUGCGGCGACCUCCUCGACCCUCAACUCCGUACCGAGAGUGUCCACACCUGGUGCAACUCCGCCCGGCUCGUCCGCAGCGGGUACGAGCAGUCCGAAUGACAAUUCGACUCCCGAGAAGAACGACGAAUCUAAAGAUGCAUUACAUGCGAAAUUAAACCUACAAACACCGCCGGAAGCCGCUUCUACUGCUCCGUCGACUCCUACAUCGUCUACGACACCGGCUAGUAGUACCGAUUCACUACCCGCGAACAUUCAAGCUAUGAUAGCUCAGAGCAUGGCUCAGAAUCCGGUCGCUUUGGCGCAACAAAUGUCCGAAAUGCAAGCCGCCUUGAACGUUAUGCAAUUGCAACAGUUAAAUUUCAAUCCUAUGAUGCAAAUGAUGGGCAUGGGGUUACCGUUAGGGCUUAACGCGCUCGCCGCGAUGAACUUACAACCGCCUUUAGUGCCGCUGAUGAUGCCGCCUCCGCCGUUCGAUCCUAUCUCGCAAUUUGGACCUCAGGAAUCGCAGAAUAUGUUAGCUAAACAACAGGCCAUGAUACAACAACAAGCGGUUGUCAGCGCCGCUGCGAACCAGAAACGUGCCAGGACUCGAAUUACCGACGACCAACUGAAAAUUUUACGGUCGCAUUUCGAUAUUAAUAACUCACCGUCAGAGGAUCAGAUACACGAGAUGGCUUCUCAGAGCGGAUUGCCUCCCAAAGUCAUAAAGCACUGGUUCAGGAAUACGUUAUUCAAAGAAAGGCAACGUAACAAAGAUAGCCCGUACAAUUUUAAUAACCCUCCAUCUACUACGCUUAAUUUAGAGGAAUACGAAAAAACCGGAGAAGCGAAAGUCAUGCCUUUAAAUAGCUCUGGUAGCAGCGUCGAAGAACACCGAUUAAAGGAAUCACCUAAAGUCACUCAACAAGAAAUCAAAAGCGAAAUAAAAGAAGAAGCUGUGGAUGAUUAUUCGAAAUUGAACGAAGAAAAAGCGCAAGAAAUGAACGAUGAGAAGUCUAAUAUCUUUAACCUGCCGAUUAAUUUGCAGCAAGCGCAAAGUCCGGCCACAUCUGUCGCCAGUUCCGAUAAUCAAAGCGUUUCUCAACCUAGUACGCCUAAUAAUCUAACAUUAACGUCGAUUAUCGCAUCCCAAUUAGGCGAUACUUUAACAACUAGUUCAUCGUCUAUGAACAUGGCCAACUUAUCAUCCCAUCAUGGUUUGACAAAUCCCAUGUUACCGCCUCCCAAAAUGAAUCAGCAGAAUUUCCCAAACCCGAACAACCUUCAGGGUAUGCUACCCCUUACUCCCAAUCGUUGUCUAAGUCCCAACAGCAAUCCUGGAAGUCAAGGCUCUGGAGGUUCAACCGGCAAAAGGGCAAACCGUACUAGAUUUACCGAUUAUCAAAUCAAAGUACUACAAGAAUUUUUCGAAAAUAACGCUUAUCCAAAAGACGACGAUCUCGAAUAUCUCUCGAAAUUACUGAAUCUCAGUCCUAGAGUGAUUGUGGUCUGGUUUCAAAAUGCUCGACAAAAAGCUCGAAAAGUAUACGAAAAUCAACCAGCAGUGGAACCAGCUCCAGGCAUCGACGAAUCCGGAGCAAACAGAUUUCAAAGAACGCCCGGCUUGAAUUAUCAAUGCAAGAAAUGCCUACUCGUUUUCCAAAGAUAUUACGAACUGAUCAGACAUCAAAAGACUCACUGCUUCAAAGAAGAAGACGCGAAACGAUCGGCUCAGGCGCAAGCUGCUGCAGCGCAAAUCGCGGCUGUUCUGAGCUCAGAAGACUCCAAUUCAAGUACAACCGUCGAACAAUCUCAACAACACCAAAUGGCUCCGCAGACCGGCUUACCUACUCUACCUCAACCAAAUCUAACGCAAAGUCCGAACCAUCCGACAGCUCCUUCAACUCCUACUCCCAGCCAAGGGAACUAUCCGCCUACGUCGCCGUCUCCAUCAUCGGAAUCCAAGGAAAGCACUUUCCAAUGCGACAAAUGCAACCUCGUUUUUCCCCGUUUCGAACUCUGGAGAGAACAUCAGCUUGUUCAUUUGAUGAAUCCGAAUCUGUUUCCAUCUUAUCCGCCCGAUUCCCCGUUCGGUAUUCUGCAACAGCACGCGCAACUUCAGCAGUUGAACGCCGCCAACCUGGGAGAUUCUAGCAAACAACCUAACAGUAUCGGAAACAUUUCUCAAGCUAACUUGCAACAUCCUCUUUUGAACAUGCUGAACAACGUAGCUGGCCAGAAACGAAAAGUCGAUGAGUUCGAUGCUGAAAGCGAUACGUCCGAUCAACCGAAAGAUAAAAGGCUAAGAACCACCAUACUACCCGAACAAUUGGACUAUCUUUAUCAAAAAUACCAAAUCGAAAGUAAUCCGUCGAGGAAGAUGUUGGAGAAUAUUGCCAGCGAGGUGGGAUUAAAGAAGCGUGUCGUUCAAGUUUGGUUUCAAAACACCAGGGCUCGUGAGAGAAAAGGACAAUUCCGGGCCCACGCUCAAGUAAUCAACAAAAGAUGUCCGUUUUGCCCAGCUUUGUUCAAGGUGAAAUCCGCUUUGGAGUCCCACUUAACCACCAAACACGCCGAUCAAUGUGCCAGAGGCGAGAUAAAUAUCGACGCCUUACCCGAUGAAGAAGCAAGCCUCGAAUCCGCGCCGAGUUUGAGUUCUGGCAGCGAGAACAAGAACGCGGCACAAAAUUCCAACAUGGUUCCGCCGCUUUUUCCUUCCCUUCACCCGGACAUGGAAAAUUCAAUAAAGAAAUAUUACGAAGAAAGCAUGAAGCGAUACAUCAGCGAAUUGCAAGCGCACGCAUCAUCUUCCAACGGCGACAAGAGCGAAAUAAAAUCCGAAAAGCCUGAGGGAGGUGAGAUCCCUUUAGAUCUGUCGAAACCGGUUGAUUUGUCGAGACCAAUGAAGGUAUCCAUGGAACAUGAAAGAAGCAUUUGCGACGUCGGUCCAUUAACCGAUCUGAGCGAACGUUCCUUAUGCGAUGAAAGAAGUGAUUCUAUGUCUGAGACGACCGAAUAUUACGAUGACGAAAGCAAUCCUACUUCACCUGCUAGUAGCACACAGAGCAACACUCAAAAGCAUUUGAAUAACAGCGGAAACUCGCAAAAUGCUAACAAACGCUACAGAACACAAAUGUCAUCAGUCCAAAUAAAAGUUAUGAAAAGUCUUUUCCACGACUACAAGACUCCAACGAUGGCAGAAUGCGAAAAUCUAGGCAGGGAAAUCGGUUUACCGAAACGAGUCGUCCAGGUUUGGUUCCAAAACGCCAGAGCUAAAGAAAAGAAAGGCAAACUAGCAUUGCAGAAAGCCCUAGGGCAAAACGAAAACGACGCCAAUUCGUUGCCUGACGAUUGCAAAUAUUGCAACUUCAAAUAUUCUCACAAGUAUUCCAUACAAGACCACAUUUUCACCAAAUCUCACAUAGCCAAUGUACGAAUGCAUCUCGAAAGCCAACACAAAGAGUCCGCUCACGAGGGAGAGUUCACGGUACCUUCCCUACCAGGAGCUUCUGGAGCCGCCAUCACGGCCGAUUCCACCACUAAUCCGCAACAAAACGUCAACAACAACAGUCACUACCAGCUGCUCCAAAUGGCGGGCGUCCAAAUGGGAAACAUGUCCAACAAAACCGAGCAAGAGGAGAGUCCGGAAAACCUGUUCCAGCAAUUUUACGCCCUCGGCAACAACGCCAAUUACGGAGUGCAGAAUCAGUAUGUCCACCACGCGAUGUUUGGCGCUAAUGGCGGAGCCGGGGGAUUACUACUAGAUACAGGUUCCGGUCCCUCGUUCCUUCCUCUGCCCGGUCCGGUACUAGAACAAGUAGCAGCCGGUAACUCCGAACCGGGCGUAACAACAUUAAAACUUCCGGAUACUUUCCAGCGUCCUCACGAUUUUUCCGUGCGCGACAUCGACGUAGAAGUGUGUUUCGUGUGCAAGAAAUGCCGAUUGGCGUUUCCCGGCGAAUCGCAGCUGCUGACGCACCAGCGGCAGUGCUACGGCGGCAACCAAGAGAGCCGCGGAGCCUUCCGCAUAGUGCAAACCGGCUACGAGUGCAAGAGCUGCAACCACGAGCGCUUCAAGUCCCUGUUGGAGUUGAAGAAGCACUGCGAGAGCGAGGCUCAUCUCAAAGCCGGCCACGGCGCGGUUACCGCGAACAACGCCAUCGGCGGCAAGAUGUUGCCUCCUCCGGAGUCGCCGCUCAGCCACGAAAUGGAAGACGUCGUCAAUCAGAUAACGCUUUUGGCUGCGAGAGCGGCCCAGGAGUCGCCGCAGCAAGUCGUCGAUUCGAAUUCGAAUACUUUCUGCCAGCCUUCGGACGCCAAACGGAGGUUCCUGGCGCCCAACGAUGUCGCCCAGCCGCUCACCACUGGGCAUUAACUUCAGUCGGAUUGUACGUACGAGCAGCUACGUCAAAAUCAACUGCAUUGAGUUGAAUAGGUUUCGUGCAAUAGGGGUGCAGUUCGAUGCUGUUCCCGUAGACCUUUCUCUUAAUGCCUACACGAAUCUUAUAGUAUAAUGAAAAAUUACGUGUGUCGUUCGAACGCAAGUUAGCUCAAAAUUAGUUGUCGUUUGAUUUUCUGCGGUUGGUUUUGAGACGUUUAGCUUAGGCUACCGGAGAUCGAAAGGUGAUUGCGGUUAAGUCGCUUUAGCUAGCAUAGGAACUCAUUCCAAAAUUUAACUUCAAAACAUUGAAAAAAAAAAACAAUUCAGUUAGUUGUUAGACGUAGAGGCGAACGUAAUUUAAUUUAAAUAAUUUAGUUAAAUGGAUCUUUGAUUUUUAACGAUGAACUCACAAGAUAAAAACUUGCUAAUUGUGGUAAUAUUAGAAGCGUUUGCUUCUAAUAGAAUUAGUUCGGAAAAUCGAAGUGAUGUUGAGUAGAUAAAAGAUUUUUUUUUGUGUUACAAAAAAAUUAGGAAAGGAAACAAAUUCGCCUCUUGGUCUAUGAAAAACUAAUGUACCAUAUAUAUUUUUAGAACUCUUAUGUUAUAUUAGUAGGUGUGUCAGUGUAGUUAUGUAUAUGUUGUAUAGUUGAGUAGGUCCGAUGAUUCCUAUUGCAACGUAUAGUUACUAAUUAGUUGAGGGCUUCUGCUGGCAGGUUUCCGGACAGUCCAAGCAGUUGUCAAGUUCCUGACUUUCUGUGUAUAUCAAACUGCGACAUAAAAUGUUCCUAUGUUCCUAACGAGUUGUAGAUACUGCAUGCGGUACCCCUUCGAGGGUCCAGUGGGCCAAUUGUGCCCAGUAAAACAAGUUCCUAUCGGCCACGCUCGACAGUUCCUCAAACGACUCGCAACGAGUGCGGCCGCUUUUUUAUUCAUUAUUAUUAAAUUAUUACAAAAAAAACUUUUAUUAUUAUUACACUAAUUAUUAAAGUUGAUAAAACAAAUGGUGUAUUUAUCAUAUUUAUGUAUAUGUAACUGAAUAUAUCAGCUGGUAAAGAGUUAAGAGGAAAAUGCUUCACCAACACCUCUGCCCAGCAGUAAAAAAAAUUGGUUCCUACUAAUAAUAAUCGAUACGGUGUUUUAAGUAAUAAUAUAGUUAUUAUGUUUUAUCGUUGGUUUUCACCGGCAUUGUACGUAUAUAUAGUAGUAGAUAUAUAUUAAAAAUUUAAAAUAUAUUAGGUUUACGUAUCCAAAAUAACUCAAAAAUGGGAAAUACUUCGGUAUGACCUGCCUCGCAUAAUAGUGAGUUUCUUUGGAACUAAGUGUGAUUGUUGACAUAGCGCAAAUCAUCUAAAGCUCCACGUUUUACAUUUCAAUUCGACUAAUUCCCCACACCUCCUUAUAAUCAACUAGCAAUUACAUCGAAACAAAAAAAUAUAUCCGAUCUAUAAUUAAAAUUAUUAAAUCUAUCUACAAGUUAACGACCUCGAAUAAUUUCGGAUGUGUCCAAUUAUUUCUGAUAUACACUUACAGAAGACCGCAACGCGUCUAAUUUCUUCCAGCGCUCCUAAAUUCGGUGAGUAUAUAUAAUUAUUUUUUUACCCAUUUCUACACUAAUUUAAAUUUUAUACUUGUAAUUUUCUACUAUCUGCUAUUAAAGAAAUAUUAUUUGUUCUUUAGAGAAAUCUUUCUUCUGGUCAAUUUUGGUGAAUACUAUCUAGAUACUAAAUGUUGAAGGGUGUUUUUGCAGAAAAUUUAAGUGGAUUAUAAAUGUGGUAAAGUUAAAAAUUCUUAUAAAGAGAAUUUGUAUACUAUAAAUACUAAUAUUAUAUUGGUCAAAUUAAAAUCAAAAUAAUUCUUGAAAGGUAAAAUUGAUUUGGUAUAUGAAAUUUAAAUUUCAUUACAGUGGACAUUUCAAUUUAAAAAUAUUUUUUAAUUUUAUCAAUAUUCUAUUUUAAAUAGUCUACAAAUUCCUACGAGAAUGCAAUAAAAUAUUUACAUUUUCAUACUAAUAACCUUUAAUUUAUUUAACACGUUCCUAGGAAUUACAGACCGAUAGAAAUAACUGUAGACCUGAGAGUACGAUGCGCAACGGUUUAUAUCGAUUUGUCGCGUCGUUUACGUCUUCAGAUAUUCCUAUUGAACUGUAGGCACAUGCUUUUAAAAACAAUUACUAAAUUAAUUACAUAGAUUCUAAUCUUUUUAAUUGAUUAGACAAUAUAGUAUAAAGAAACACAUUGUUGGGUUUUGAUUUCGAUUAUAAUGAAUCGUAAUUAUUGAUUGAGAGAGUAAUUCAGGAAUAAUAAUUGAAAAUUAAAACGUUGGAACUUGGAGAUGUUGUAACUGACGCAAACUAGCAAUGCUAAGUGAAUGUGACGUGAGAUUCCUCACUGUCUGAUGUAUUACACGAUUAUUAUUACUAUUCAUAUUUAUUAUAUUAUUAUUACUAUUAUUGCUAUGUUUAAAGCAGUCGUGUGUAUUCGGUUGAUUAAAAAUAUAAAUAAAAAAUAACUGCUGGACCUGUGAGUCCUGUUUCGUGGUUCCUAUUAUAUAAUUCAUAUCGCAAAUGUAAGGUGGACGACAGCAAAUCUGUUGAUUUUUUUUCCUAUUCUUUCGGUACUCGUUCCUUUUGAUUCAUUUUACUUUUAUAUACCUCGAGAAACUAACAAACAUUUUCGGAAUGUUCUAGAAUCUCUACGUGAGCUCUCUUAACAGGACAAUACUCGCUUCUUGUAGUAAAUUUUUUACGGUAGCUCUCUCGAAUGUCAGGUUGUUGCAUAUUCGCGUUCAUCUAAAAGUCCUGCUCGAGAAAUUGCUCAUUCUUGUUCCUUUUUCCACAGCGCAGGAGAAACGUGGAUGAAUAAUUUUAAUGAGGAUGAACGCGAAUUUAUUUCCUUCUUCUAUUUUUACAAAGAUGUAACGGUUUUAAAAGUGUACCCACUAAUCCCAUAACUCGAAUGGCUUUGCAUGAUUUAUUUUACUUUUCUCCUAAUUUGUUUUAUCAUCAGUUUAUUUAUUUAUUUUUUUGAAACAUCUACUUGUAUAUUGUUUGAAUUUGUUUUACUGGUUUUCAUCGUGCACGAUUUUUGUAUAUAUUUUCUUGUUAUUAUUUAGAGCCUAUUUUAAUUUGGACCCUCAACCUUGUUAUAUUAUUUGUUUUCGUUUUUAAGCAGCGUGCAGAUAUCUCACCUUUUUAUAAUUAGCAAUUCGUUUUAAUUGUUAUUAAUAACGUUUUUAUAGCCAGUAAUUAAUAAGGCGAAAAAAGGAACAUCUUUGUAAAUAUAUCACGAAGUAACUUAGUAUCUAAGUGUUGAAUACCUUUUGUACAUUAUUUUAAUUUAGCAUUUACUUUUUCAAAUGUUUGUAUGAUUUUUUUUGCUACGCAAGACUUGACAAAACAGUGAUUUUAGUUUUAAGUUUUAUAAAUCCGACGCAUAGGUAAUUUAUUUUUGUGAUGUAUAUAUUUUUAUUUAAAUUUUAAUUUUUUUCCGCAGAAGAAUGUAUGUUUGAGAGGGUGCGCUCGCUAUUUUUACGCUGUUUCCAACUAUAAUAGACAAAAUACAAAAAUGUUAACUAAUUCUAUCUGAUAUUAUUUCAUCGACUACUGUAAUACAAAUAUGGAUUGUUAUUUAUUUUAUACCUCAUCUUUCGAAUAAAAAAACAAAGGUAUUGUUCCGUUAUUUUUCAAAAGAAUCGGAUGAAUAUUAAUAAUAAUAUUUCCUAGGUAAAUGUUUGUAUCCUACGGCUUUAGCCGCUCUCAAUUUGUGA